UCAGUGCUGAAGUGUGGCUAAGAUAGGAGAAUAAAACAUGUUAAUUGUUCAUAGUUUUAUCCAAGAGAUGUGCAUUUAUGUAACUAAGGACACCACUUACCCAAGCGUCUGGUCAGACAAAGAAGCUAUUUAAAGUAUAAACUACAAUUGGUAAAAUAUUCAUGAGCUUCUUUCUUCACUUGUUGUCUUCUCCAAAUGGGGCUUUUUUUUAGCAUUUUUUGAUCUGUUUUCUGUCAGGCACAGAUGUAUCAGUAAUUAGAAAGGCCAGACUUUUUUCAUGCUAUUGUUUGUGAGUAGUUAAUAAUGAGAAAGGAUAGAUAUGAUGCAUUGUGUAACGUGCUUCCUCAAGGCACAUGCUUAAAGGUUAGCCAACACUGAAGGGUAAAUAUUUAAUUUCAAGUAAUGCUUUGUGAGGGAAAAAAGCAGUAUGUUACAAAUCUAAUCCAAAUCAAUCACAUAAGGGGAAGAGAUUGCUCAAUUCACGAUGGCACUGAUUUUGCUGUGUAAAACCUAAAAACAUCUUGCUGUCGCUGUCUAAUAUAGGGCGCUUGAAGAGACUGAAAUCCUGUUGCUAAAAUCGUCCAACUGUAAAAAAGCAAAGCAAAACAAAACAACCAACCCUCGAAAAAGAGCAUCCAGAUAAGAUUUUGUUGUGCACCUUGCUUACAGCUCCUCAAAACUGUAUGUAACGCUAACAGUUUUUGGCAUGGAAUACUGACUUAGGUUUGUUGUGUUCUCCUGCCUACUGUGUUUUGUGGCUGUUUUCAGUACAUUGUCUUCUGCCUUUCUCUUGUGGAAGAGAGAAGGAAUGAGAAAUUUGUCAGUCGAAUACUGAGCUGCAGGGGUGUGGAGAGCUGGGGGUUGGCCUUUUCCCCCAGUGAGCGGCGAUAGGAUGAGAGGGAACGGCCUCAAGCCGUGCCAGGGGAGGCUCAGGUGGGAUACUGGGAAAAGUCUAUUCUCAGGAAGCGGUGGUGCCUCGAACGGGCCGCCCAGGGAGGUGGCGGAGGUGUCCCAGCACGAGGCCCGCACCUCACGUGCCUCUGCAGAGGCCGGCGGCCGGCCGGGGUGAGGGGGAAGCCGAGGUGCACGAGCGCUGCCUGGCACUUCUGAUAGAAACGCACAGGAUCGGUGAAUUUCAUUUCAUUUUAUGGCAGGCAGCCAUCAGGAGCCCCUUUGGCUGAUGUGCCUGAGGGGGGAGGCCGUGACAAACCGGCCCUAAGGAAAGGCGGCAGGGGCAGCGGUAGGAGCAAAGCCGGUGCCGGACGCCUUCCCGCCCUCGGGAAACGCAAGGCGCCUCGCCGCCAUUUCCGUUCCGAGCGGCGUGGCGGGCAGUAGCGGCGGCAGCAGCAGGGCGCCUAGCGGCCAAGCACCGGCCCCACCUCCUGUUGGCUGCCAGAGGGCGGGCCUUCCUGUUCCGCCCACCAAUCCGCCGCUUCCUCUGCGCGACGCUGCUUCCGGUCGCCUGUCCCGCCGCGCCCAAUGGGAGGGAGGCAGUGGGGCGGGACGCCUCAUCCUCACCGAGGCAACGGGCGGGCGGACGGUUCCGGGUGUGCGCGAGGCUGACGGCAUCGGCGGGAUGACUCUACUCCAGAAUUUCUUUUUGAAUGGAAGCAUGCUCUUUUCCAGUAGAAGAUGUUGAUCCUAGUAUAUGAUCAUGGAGAAGGGGAUAAGCUCCGUAGAAGUGUUACCUUCCAAAUCAUCUCAGGUUACAGCUGUAAAAGUGGUGGUCAAAGAGCCCGAAACAAAGCAGACCCAAAGAGGGAAACGAGUGGGAUUUGUGCUUGUUCACGCAGGUGCAGGUUAUCAUUCUGAAUCCAAAGCGAAAGAAUACAAGCAUGUGUGCAAAAGAGCCUGCCAGAAGGCGAUCGAAAAGCUGCAGGCUGGUGCUCUUGCAACAGAUGCAGUGACUGCAGCACUUAUAGAACUGGAGGAUUCUCCUUUUACAAAUGCAGGAAUGGGUUCUAACUUAAACCUUCUGGGUGAGAUAGAAUGCGAUGCCAGCAUAAUGGAUGGAAAGUCGUUGAAUUUUGGAGCAGUUGGUGCACUGAGUGGAAUCAAGAAUCCAGUUUCAGUUGCAAAUAGAUUGUUGUGUGAAGGGCAGAAAGGAAAACUCUCUGCUGGCAGAAUUCCACCUUGCUUUUUAGUUGGUGAAGGAGCUUUCAGAUGGGCAGUUGAUCACGGGAUACCAGCAUGUCCUCCAGGUAUCAUGGCUACAAGGUUUAGUUUAGCAGCUUUUAAGAGGAACAAGAGGAAGCUGGAGUUGGCUGAAAAGGUAGAAACUGAUCUCAUUCAACUAAAGAAGAGAAGACAAUCAAGUGAAAAGGGCUCCAGAGUCAUGUGCAGAACGUGUGGGAGACCCUCAAAGGCCAGUGAUGGUAGUAGAGGAGGUGAUCAAAUAGAGCUCUACUCGUUGGAGAAUGACUCAGGAACAUUGGAUACAGUCGGUGCAGUCGUUGUUGACCAAGAAGGAAAUGUUGCUGCUGCUGUCUCCAGUGGAGGUUUAGCACUAAAGCAUCCUGGAAGAGUUGGUCAGGCAGCUCUUUAUGGUUGUGGCUGCUGGGCUGAAAAUACAGGAGCUCAUACACCUUACUCCACUGCUGUGAGUACUUCAGGUUGUGGAGAGCACCUUGUCCGAACCAUACUGGCCAGAGAAUGUUCUUGUGCUUUGCAAACAGAAGAUGCCCACCAAGCUCUCCUAGAGACUAUGCAAAACAAGUUUAUUGGUUCACCUUUCCUUGCCAAUGAAGAUGGUGUACUUGGAGGUGUGAUAGUUCUUCGGUCUUGCAGGUGUUCAGCAGAACCUGAAUUAUCACAGGAGAAGCCAACUUUACUAGUGGAAUUUCUGUGGAGCCAUACAACAGAGAGCAUGUGUGUAGGAUACAUGUCUGCACAGGAUGGCAAAGCUAAGACUCACAUUUCAAGACUUCCUCCUGGAGCGGUGGCAGGACAGUCCGUAGCAAUAGAAGGAGGAGUUUGCCGACUGGAGAGCCCAGAAAGCUGAACAGUUGAUUCUUCACUUCAUUGCAAAGAAUGUGAAUGACGUUUUCUACAAUAAGUUUUUUUGUGUGUCGUAACAAAUGUUGGAAAUUCUACUCUUGCUUUAUACGCCAUAUUGCCACCAUGUGCUCCAUAACUUGAGACAAGUGCUGCUGUAGUUUAUGUUCUCACUCUGUGAAUGGGAGUGUGUGCAUGUUUAUUUUUUCCCUGAUAAAAUAGGACCUCUUCCCAGUUGUACAAAGAUUAUAUAUGAUUAGUGAUUACGUUCUCAUUGUUUUAUGUUUGAAAAAUAUCUGAAAGUUAAAACGAAAUAAUAAUUUAAAUGUGGUCACAAUUGUCAUUCAUGUUCUAAAUUUGAAAGGAACAGGCCUUUGAAGUGGAUAUAUAAGUAUGCAAAAAUGAUUAUGGUUUCAAAGUUUCUCAGUGAUUUAAGGAAAUCCAGUGGUGGUUUAAACAUGGAUUGUUUUUUUCCUCCCCAAUAAGGAGGAAUUUUUUUUGUCAAAGAAUGGUUUCAGUGAAACAAACUAGAGCAAAAUUAAGGCUAGAAUUGUUCUAAAUAAUCUUAUAAGUCAUAUCUCUGUUUCCAAACUAAGAUGUUAAUAGCUUCAAGCUGUAUCUAUUACAAAAUGCUAUAUGAAGAUAAUGUAUCGUAAUGCAGUCUUUAUGUAUAAUGGAAUAUUACAAUGUAAAUAAGAAAACAAAGUUUAUGGAAAGAUUCAAUAUUAUUCUUUGCUUCUGUUUUAAAUCUAUUUUUAAGAGAGGUACAGAAAUGAGCAUAUUACUGGAUGCAAAGUGCAAUGUGUAUUGAAUGGAUGCUGGGAAUUCUGAUACUAGCUUUCUUACGGAUAAAGCAACUUCCUAAAGUCCAGCCACAGCAUGGGUAUUUAUAUAACUGUGUGUAAUAUAUAUGUACUGUGCAUAAAUUUACUGUAAUUUUUUUACACCUUCAACAAAACUGCAGUAUAAAACAGUGUAAACCUUGUCUGCCUUGUGAAGCGUUGGCAGCUGAACUGUCUUUUGUCACCAGUUCUGAUAUGUUAGCCAGAUCGCCUGUCCUAAAAGUGACUUCUCACAUACAAUCUUCCACUCGGUACUUCUUUCUUCACAGCACUGGCAGCAAUAGAAGACUUUUGUAAUUACUUCAUUGUCAUGAUAAGUAUGCCAAAGAAAAAUUAAAUUAGUUCAUCUUUUUCCCUGGUGGAUAUUUGAUAAUUCUGUUUUCAGAAAUAGUGGAUGAAUAGGUAUUCAAACUGUAUUCGCUUAAUUGGGCAUUGUACUAUCCUCUUUUGUAAUGUUGUGCCUGCCUAUAACAGACCUACUUGACUGCUGAUUAAAUGGUUACAUUGAUUGUAGUACCAAUGUUUCUUGGAUAACAAUCUUAAUACGUUAUUUUAGUAGCCUGAAUUCAUUUUCACUCUUAUGUUAAAUAAUACAUUGAGAUAUGUUCUUA